UUUUUUUUUGUAAAACGUUUAUUUUCUUCGUAGUAUCCGGUAUGAACGUCACACUUCCUGUCUUCUUCUUCCUAACCCUAACAUUAGUGCAACAAUGGCGUCAUGUAGUGAGGAGUCAGCUAACGUUACAGCCACUGAAGAGGGACCGAGAGAAGCUCUUUCGUCCCAGAAGAGGGAAGCGAGAUUACGGAAAUUCCGAGAGUUGCAUUUCAAACGGAAUGAAGCCCGUAAGAUCAAUCACCAGGAGGUUGUGGAGGAGGACAAGAGACUGAAACUCCCGAAUAACUGGGAGGCGAAGAAAGCCAGACUCGAGUGGGAGCUUGCUGUAGACGAAAAGAAAAAGGAAUGUGCUGCCAAAGGGGAGGACUAUGACAGAGUGAAACUGCUUGAAAUCACUGCUGAUGAUGCAGAGCGGUGGGAGAGGAAAAAAAAGAAGAAGAACCCAGACACAGGAUUUGCAGGUUAUGCCGAGGCCCAAUUCCGACAGUACCAAAGGCUCACUAAGCAAAUCAGACCAGACUUGGAAAGCUAUGAGAAGCAGAGAGAGGAAUGUGGUGUUGACUUCCACCCCACGUCUAAUAGCCUGAUCCACGGCACCCAUGUGCCAUCAAAAGAGGGCAUUGACCGCAUGGUGGAAGAUGUUGAGAAACAGAUAGAGAAGCGGGCCAAGUACAGCCGACGCAGGGCCUACAAUGACGACGCAGACAUCGACUACAUUAACGAGAGGAAUGCCAAGUUCAACAAGAAGGCGGAGCGUUUCUACGGCAAAUACACAGCCGAGAUCAAACAAAACUUGGAGAGGGGCACAGCUGUCUAGUGGGUCCAGUCAGUCACAUCAGUGGACAUGCUCACUACUUCUUCAUUUCUGUGAUGGAUAUUUUUACCUAGAAUAAAUAUAUUGAAAUGCUAAAAUGUACUCUGUAUUGUAAGGCAGUUUGACAUUUUUAUACCAUGCUAAGGUUAUUUUGAGCCGAAAGAUAAUGAGUUAUCUGUUAGAUGUGUGGUAUACCUUUUGUACAUUAUUAGAAGUUAAAACAACUGUUAUCAUUAUUAUCCUUUUUAUUUUUUAAAUAAACCACUUCCAGUUAUCUUGCACA